AACCGCUCGAGCUUCCAUUUUCCUCAAGCCUCCGCCUUGUCUCUCUCCAAAUCUUCACUCCCAGUCCCAGUGUAUCAGCCAAUCUUUUGUGUUGUGAAAUGGUCUGCGCCCGAUAGAUCAUAGAUAUUGUUUGGAUAUUUAUGAGUUUUGAGGCAUUCAGCCCUGAUAGUUAAUAAGCCUUAGUUGUGAGGAAGUAUGGUUAACUUGGAGCAGCCAAAGAGAAGAGUUGCUUUUGUGCUUAUUGAUGGUGUAGGAGAUGUAUCUCUCCCAAGAUUUGGUUAUAAAACCCCACUUCAAUUGGCAAAAAUACCAAAUUUGGAUGCUAUAGCAUCUGCUGGAGUUAAUGGUCUGAUGGAUCCUGUUGAAGUUGGCUUAGGUUGUGGAAGUGAUACCGCGCAUCUUUCUCUACUUGGAUAUGACCCUAGGGUAUACUAUCGAGGUCGGGGUGCAUUUGAGUCGAUGGGUGCUGGGUUGGCAAUGUCACCAGGAGAUAUUGCAUUUAAGUCAAACUUUGCUACGCUGGAUGAGGAAACCGGAAUAGUUGUUAGCCGGAGGGCUGAUAGACAUUUUGAAGAAGAAGGGCCGAUUCUUUGUGCAGCAUUGGAUGGAAUGAAGUUGCCCUCUUUUCCUGAAUAUGAAAUUAGAGUCAGGUAUGCUACGGAGCAUAGAUGUGGAGUGGUUGUCAAGGGACCAAAAUUAAGUGGAAAUAUAUCGGGAACUGACCCAUUGAAAGACAACCGCUUACUUUUACAAGCGAACCCUCUUGAUGAUACAGAUGAAGCAAAGCACACAGCUGCAGUUGUCAAUGAACUGUCUAAAGAAAUCUCGCGCAUUUUGCUUGCCCAUCCAUUGAAUGCAAAACGGGCAGCAGAAGGAAAGAAUGUAGCAAAUCUGGUUCUUUUACGAGGAUGCGGCAUUAGAAUUGAGGUUGCUCCAUUUGAAAAGAUACAUGGUCUCUGGCCAUGCAUGGUAGCUCCUACCAAGAUUAUUGCUGGCUUGGGUUUGUCACUCGGGAUCGAUAUUCUGGAAGCUCCUGGAGCGACAGGAGACUAUAGGACAUUAUUAACAUCAAAAGCAACUGCCAUAGCCAGGGCACUCUCGGCACCUCUGCAAUCGUGUCCCAAUGUUUUUGUGCCCGGGGAAGAUGAGCACAAGCCUGGUCGACUUGAUGGCUAUGAUUUUGGGUUCCUCCACAUUAAGGCAAUUGACGAUGCAGGUCAUGAUAAAGCAAGUGUGUUCAAAGUGAAGGGACUGGAAGCUGUUGAUUGUGCUAUAGGUCAAUUAGCUAGGCUUCUUUGGGAGGCGGAAUCAACUGGGAAGUUUAGCUAUUACCUUUGUAUCACUGGAGACCACUCCACACCUGUAGAAUAUGGAGAUCACAGCUUUGAACCAGUGCCAUUUGCAUUAUGUAGUUUAAAAGACUUUGUGAGUGCUUUGGGUGGUGAAUCUGUCCUAUCAGGUAUUUCUCUUGAUCCAUUUCCCCUUCCAUCCGUCCAAGCUGGUGAAGACGUAGAUACUGGUACAAGGAUUGAAGAAGACAAAAAUAACAAGCUUCAGUUUUUUGCUGGUGAUUUGGUUGACAAGUUCAAUGAAAUAGCAGCUGCUAGAGGUUGUCUUGGUCGAUUUCCCGGAAGUGAGAUGAUGGGAAUCAUCAAGGCAUAUCUUAAACUUGAAGCUUGAUUAAUGUGAACCUUCAAGUUCAUAGCUUCAAAUCAGACAAUAAAUUAACCUUCUCCGGAGGAGAAACAUAGUUGUUAAUAAAACGGAGCAUCGUCCUUUUUCUCAACCUAAUCAAUCGGCUAUAAUUUAGUUAGAUUCCUUCUUCCUUCUUUUGCUGAUGGUGUUGAUAGUAUAAUUUGAUCAAGACGGUGAAAGCUUAAUAUUGAAAGGAAUGUUAGGGCUUGGCUCAUUUUAAUUAUGUAUGUAUAACCAAAUUUAUGGGUUGUAAGGCAAAAUCUAUUUGUAUUUUUU